AUGUUAGUUGUGAAUGUAACAUGGAGAAACAAGACAUAUGUUGGAACUCUGCUGGACUGCACACGCCAUGACUGGGCACCCCCCAGAUUCUGCGAUUCUCCCACCAGUGAUUUGGAGAUGCGGAACGGACGGGGCAGGGGUAAACGCAUACGUCCCAGCAGCAACACCCCCAUUGCAGAUGCCACACCAGCCCCUGAUAGCAAAGGCACUAGCAGCAGUAGUAGUAACAGCAGCAAGACUCGUGCUGGAGCAAACAGUAAGGGAAGACGGGGGAGCCAGAAUUCAGGUGAGCACCGUCCCCCAGCUUGCAGCAGUACGGAAGAUAUAAAAGCCAGUCCUUCCUCUGCCAACAAGCGGAAAAACAAGCCCCCGUCUGACAUGGAGCUUACCUCUAGCUCAGAAGAUUCUAAAGGAAGCAAGCGUGCUCGCACCAACUCAAUGGGCUCCUCAUCUACACCUGUAUCUGUAUCCCUACCAUUGACUGUCCCACUAAGCACUAUUAAGGUGGAGCCCCCUAUAUUAGACCGCAACUGUGCCUCUCCCAUUCUUAUAGACUGCCCGCAUCCCAAUUGUAACAAGAAAUACAAGCACAUCAAUGGCCUCAAAUAUCACCAAGCUCAUGCACAUACAGAUGAUGACAGCAAACCAGAGGCAGAUGGGGACAGUGAGUGUGGAGAUGAACCUCAACUUCAUCUUGAUAUUGGGGGCUGCAAUGGCUCUUUCGCAUCUCAAAAGGACUCUCUUUCACCUGCUCGCUCUACAACUCCAAAGGCACGCUUGGCUGAACCUCACAGCCCCCCUCCCUCAGUCAAAUUUGGUGGCAAGGUUGCGUGCAAGAAAAGGCUAGGUACAGAGGGGGACACAGAUCCAGGUGCUCUCUCAAAUGAUGGUUCAGAUGAUGGUCCACUAGUAGCUGAUGACACCAGCAAUGAUGGUUAUGAGUCUCAGGAGAAGCGGUCGUCAGAUAAGGAUGCGGCUAAAAAGGGGAGUGGGAAUAUCAAAACAGAUAAAUCCUCAUCAUCCAAGAGUGUAAAAUCUGCCAGGCCAAUUGCUCCAGCCAUAGUUCCUCAGCAAAUCUAUACCAUACAGGCUACCACCUUUACUGCCUCUAGCCCUGGCUCCUCCACUGGACUAACUACCACAGUAGUGCAAGCUAUGCCUAGCAGUCCCCAGCUUAAGCCUAUACAGCCAAAGCCCACUGUAAUGGGAGAGCCAUCUGGUAUCAAUCCAUCACUAACCCCAUCAAGGGAUAAGAAAAAGAAAGAUAAAAAGAAGAAAGAGUUAAGAGAGGAAGAGAAUCUCGGAAGUACAGUAAAAGCUAAUCGAACAGAGGACGGUAAGAGUCCCUAUGGUGACACUAGUGGUGAUCCUACAGGCAAAGGUGAAGGGCUUAUUAAUGGCUCCUCUGACUCUCACCAGAGUCGCCUUGCAAGCAUUAAAGCUGAAGCUGACAAGAUAUACAACUUCACUGACAAUGCACCCAGUCCUUCUAUUGGGGGAGGAGGAGGCUCUUCCUCCAGUAGGAUAGAAAACCCCAGCCCAGGACAGCCAAUGACCCCUUUGCAUGUUGUUACUCAAAAUGGUGCUGAAGGGGCCUCUGUUAAAACUAAUAGUCCAGCAUAUUCAGAUAUAUCUGAUGCAGGAGAAGAUGGAGAGGGAAAGUUGGAAGGCGCUAAGGCAAAAGACCCCGAACAGCUAGUAAAAGAGAGUGCCAAAAAAACUCUAUUCCCACCACAAACCCAGAGCAAGGAAUCACCAUACUAUCAGAGCUUUGAGACUUAUUACUCCCCCAACUAUGCCCAUUCAAGUCCUGGUGCCAUGAAUCCUGCUGUCCAAUCUGCACCUACACCUGAAAGCCAGCCCAUGAAAGUUAAAAAAGAAGAGGAUUUAGAGAUAACAGAGGUGAAGAUGAAAGUUGAGCCACCAGAGGAAAAGAAACCAGAACAAAUCAGCACAAGUCAACAACCAUCAGUGAUUCAGCAGCGGCCUAAUAUGUACAUGCAGCCCCUUUACUAUAACCAAUAUGCCUAUGUGCCACCCUAUGGAUAUAGUGAGCAAGGUUAUCAUGCUCACCUCCUCAGUACCAAUCCAGCAUACCGGCAGCAAUAUGAAGAGCAUCAGAAACAAAGGCAAAACAUGGAGCAGCAACGGAAUCUGGAGAAAAAGGCAGAGAUAACAAUGAGGGACAGGGAAUCAUCUAUGAAAGAGGAAUGGAAGCACAAACCCACUGUGCCCCCAACACUAUCCAAGGCUCCAAGCCUAACAGACUUAGGGAAAUCAGUCUCCAGUAAACCCAAGGACAUAGGAGCCGGGUUAGAUCCUAACAAGUCAGUAAUUAUCCCCAAGCCAGAGGACACCACCAAAAUGCCUGGACCUCAGACAGAAGGAUUGAAAGUAAAAAUGGGAGAAAGCAGUGGACAUUCAGGAAAGGAAACAACUGAGAUAAAGACUGGAGCAGAGUGUAACAGACAGCCUGGCUUGGAUCCUGUGCUGUGGUACAGGCAGCAGGAGGCAGAGUCCCGCAUGUGGUCUUAUGUAUACCCCAAGUAUUCCGAUGCCUUGAAAGUAGAUGAUGAGCGGUGGAAAGAUGAACGAGAACGUAAAGCCAAGGAAGAAAGGAGCAGGAGCAAGGAGGGACUCAUUAAGGAAGAGAACAAAGAUGGGGCAAGUGUGGAAACUAAGGGACUACAGCCCACUGAAGACCCACGAGUGCUUUCUAAGGACCCCCGCACCAGUACCCAUGUGCCAGUCUCAUCUCCUCUUACUCAGCACCAGUCUUACAUCCCCUACAUGCAUGGUUACACCUAUAGCCAAGCCUAUGAUCCCAACCACCCAAGCUAUAGAGGCAUGCCAGCUGUUAUGAUGCAAAACUACCCAGGCUCCUACCUCCCUUCCAGCUAUUCUUUUUCACCUUAUGGAAACAAGGUCUCUAGCGGUGAGGAAACAGAAAAGUCAAGAGCCAGUCCGAGUGUUGCCUGCAAACCUACAUCUGAAUCCAAAGCCCUGGAUAUCCUGCAGCAACACGCAAGCCAUUAUAAAAGCAAGUCACCCACGAUUAUAGAUAAGUCUCCACAGGAACGGGAUCGGGGAGGAUGUAAUUUACCUAGUGGAUCAACAGGAGCAGGUUGCAGCAGUAUGGGGGCCCCUGAAAGAGGGGAUAGAAGCUCCGAAAGACCACGCACUUCCCCCUCCCAGAGGCUAAUGUCUACACACCACCACCAUCAUCAUCUUGGCUACUCUUUGUUGCCUGGCCAGUAUCAGCUGCCCUAUCCCACUGGCUUGUCUUCUACAGCCAUAGUGGCUAGCCAGCAAGGCUCAGCUCCUUCACUUUAUCCACCACCCAGGAGGUGAGAUUGGAAAUGAUGUCGUUGGAGGUCACAUUCUCCCACAAGUCAGGUGACCGGAUCACAGGACGUAGCGGGAAUUCAAGUCAAUGCAUCAGUUGAAUGAUGUAAAAUAUUUUCUGUUGCCAGACUUUGUCUCUUGAGUUCACAUUCUGAUUCCAGGCACAGAAUCCACCCAAUCUUCCACAAGCUUCAUUCUCCUCACUUCGACUCUUAGGAGAAAAGUUCUCACUGACAGACAUUAUUUAUUCAAAGUUCCCUACAACUUCCUGCAGACUGGGGCCAUGAGGAGAAGCAUUGUGCUUUUCUUUCUUACAACUCUGCCAGGGAUGAUAUUGUUCUUGAGAACUGACCCACCCAGUAUCUGGGUGCCCUGUGUCCAUAGACUUCUGGAGAAAAAAUAUUUUGCUUUCCCCCUUACUUUCAUUAAAACACUCCUUCCCAAUUUCUACUUUAACUAUGGACUUUCACUCCUACAUACACUCAGGCAUUUAAAUCUCCUGGAUAUCAGGAAUAAAGGCGCAGUGGUAGAUCAUUAAAGUAUCCACAGGGUUAUGUACAUUGGAACAGAAUUCUUGUACUCUGAGAUAUAUAGUUUUAUGUCCUUCAGAUAUUUGAUGACGACUGUUUAAGAGCUUGUGUUCAGAUUACUUGGACCAUGCUUCUUCCCACUGAUAUUAAAUAUAUGGACUAUCCGAUAUGGGGUGUCUGCUUAGACACAACCACUGGAAUCAUCACAGCUUGUGGAAUGAAGUGCAUGGAGGAUAAGUUUUACUUUUUAUAUCUGUGUUGGCAAAGAAGCUGCAAUAUAUUAGUUUGUAUGUUAAUAUCUGUUACAGCAAAGACACUAACACUACCCAUGGGCUAAUGAAGUUUCACAACCAUUUCCUGUAUUUUUUUUUUCUUCAUGUGCACCAUCUGAUUAUUUUGUUAACCUCAUAGCUCUUAAAUGAACAUUUCUCUGUUAUGUUGCUUUCAUUUUCCAUUGGGGAGCCAAAUACGGUUGAGUGUACUGAAGAAGCAUCCACAGCUGUGAUGUAAAAGUGCAGUACUCCCAUAGAAACCUAUGGUUGUGUAUAAUGUAUAUAAAUCCUGACACUUUCUUUUAUAGGACACUAAUUUUAAAAAUUGAUAAUUGUUGCAUUCUGCAUUGUAGAUCUGUUAAACCACUAGUUGAUUUCCCCACACAGAACAAGAAAUGGCAAUAUGUAUGCGUAUGUGUGUGUUCUGUGUGUGUGUACAUGUAUAAAUAAUACAUAGGUGCAUAUAGACACGCACGCAAGGCUGGAAAUUUCCACUGAUCCACUAGUCAUGAACUAAUAUGAAAUUGUAGUGGAUGAGUAAGAAUGACGCCUCUUAUUAUUAACACUAAGUGGACUAGUAAUAUUUGUCAUCUGAUUGGGCAGCUAUAUUGAGAUUUUUCCACCCCUGUGUAUGUGUAUAUAUAAAUCAUUUAUUCAUACACACAGACAUAUACAUAUUUGUUUUCAUGCAUUACAGCCACAGCAAAAUUUUGAUUAAAAAAAACAAAUACUUAUGUUAGACUUUAAAGUUGGAAUAUACUAAGCACAUGACCAAAAGUUAUAUUUAUGGUUUGUGAACCAGGAAAAAAAAUAACAGGACGUUUAUAUGUUCUCUGCACAAAAAUGUUGAACAACAGAAGCAAAACCAGGUAGUUUUUUAUUUGGUUUAUUUUUCCUGGAACAGGAGCUGCCUAUGAAACCACUGAAACCCCUGGUUUGUUAAAGUCAGAUUUUAAGCAUUUUUUUUUUUUUUUUUUUUUUUUUUUAAUAUUUGAAUAUGCAAAACAGUAUUUUGAAGAUUGUAAUUGUGUCCCUUUCAAUCUUUGCUUGAUUUGAAAGGGACCUAGGUAUAGCAUAUGGCAGUCAGAUUACAAGCUUGUUGAUAUUAGACUAGGAGGGAGGGUUUGCGUUUAAAGAUUUCGGGUGGCUCACUAAACCCAUGCAGCAUCAGCCAGCAGAUGCUAAGAGUUAUCAAGGUUUGUUGCAUUUUACUGAAUAGGCCACCCUAGCCUGUUCUGUUUAAUUACCUUUACUUGCAUUAAGUUCUUAUGCAUAUCUCCUUACUCCUAAAUUCAUUAUUCUCCAUUACGGCAAAUGGAACAAGGCAGUUUAUUGUCUUAUGAAGUGUGCCUGACAAAACCAUUUUAACCCCAAUGUUUUGUUUUUUUUCUCCUGUGCUUUAGAUUUUAGAAGGCCUAGAAAGCCCAUUUAACAUGAAUAAUACUUACAAACUUGGGCUCCCAGAGAUUUCUUUUUUUAGUCACUUCCCUUUUUAUUUUAUAACACAACCUCCAGGAGGCACAGAAGGAUGUACAUUUAAAAUACAAACAAAAAAAACACAUGUAUUUUAACCCUUUCUGGAAGUUUUCCAAUAAACGUUUUUUUGUAUUGCUUGGUUGUAAACAAGAACUGAUUGUAUAUGAAAUAAACUUGCCCUUGAACCUUGGUGGGGAGGGGGCAGAAGGCACUUCUCUCUCUCUCUCUCUCUCUCUCUCUCUCUCUCUCUCUCUCUAAUCAAAUCUGUAUAAAGAUGUAAAGUAUAUUUCUGUUAUGUAACUUUUUUCCUAUUUUGCAAAGGUUUUGACGUUUUUUUGUGGCAAAGUUGAAUUCUGCAGUUUUAAGAAAUACACGUAUGUUUUAUCAGA